AACAGAGCCCAUAUACGCGGGCGCCAACCAGCUACCCAAGAAGCGAAGAGGCGAAGACAAAGACGAAAAGCCGAGCAAAGAUGGCGCACAACCCUCUCGACACGGAGGCGGGCACGGAGCUGUUCAGCAGCUACGAGGCUGAGUUUAAGCUAGUGCAGGCGGACCUGACGCAGAAGCUGGACUCGAUCCCCGAGCUGUCGGGGGAGCCGCGCAAGGCGGCGCUGUCCCUCGCGGAGCGGGCGCUCGAGGAGGCGGGCGAGCUGCUGGACCAGAUGCGGCUCGAGAAGCAGAACAUCCCGUCGAGCACGCGCACGCGCGUCAACCAGCGGCUGCGCAACUACGACGCCGACGUCGACGGCUACAAGCGCAAGCUGCGCACGCUGGCCGACGACCGCGCGGCGCUGUUCGGCGCCGGCCGCUACAGCGACAACCCCGGCGACUCGCAGUUAGGUGGUGCCGGCGACGUCCAGCUCGAGCAGCGCCAGCAGCUGCUGAGCGGCACCGACCGCCUCGAUCGCAGCACCCAGCGCCUGCGCGCCAGCCAAGCCCUCGCCAACGAGACUGAGGCCAUCGGCGCCAACACGCUAGCCGACCUGCACCGCCAGCGCGAGACCAUCCAGCACACGACUGAUGUCCUGCUCGAGAGUGAAGGCUAUGUGGACCGAAGCGUCAAGACACUCCGAGGGAUGGCCCGUAGGAUGGCUACAAAUCGGGUAAUCACCAUCGCCAUCAUCACGAUCCUGGUGCUGCUCAUUUUCGCCGUCAUUUUCAGCAAGUUCAGAUGAUUCCUCCCCUGGCUUUUCUUUUCCCACUCAAAUUCUUUCAUGACAGCGUCAGUCAGUCGAAACGCUGGGAGCCAGGCGGUUUCCCGGGGUGUUUUUAAAUGGCGUUUUUUAAGGGCGUGUUGGCUUUUGUUGGUAGUAAUUACUUAGACCACGAAUAGACAGCUCGUGAUUCUCCUAAGGUCCAG